GUUUGUAUCGGCGGUAUUACGAGGUAGUAGGAGAAGAGAACGGAGAGAAAUAGAGAUAGCGAAGAGGAACGGAGCAGUUGCCAGCUGGUUGUCGUUUCGAGUGUAGCGUUAACGCUGGAAUGAAAUAAAACUGCUACCUCCAGAGGCCUAUUAUCGUGGACAGAGGACGAAAUUUUGUUUUCAAAAAAUUCACCCGAGACAGUUGAGCCAUGACGUGGGCUGGAGUUGUCAUUGAGUUCAGUGGAAAAUAGUUGAUUAGUCAGACGUGAUGUUUUUCGGAAGUUUUAUCGAGUGAGCAAUAACAAUGUCGUCGGUAUUUUCAAAGUUAAUAGACAAGACGUCAGCGAGGUACGGCGUCAGGCAGGAAACACUGACACGCGGAGUUGUGGGAACUGUCACGGCGUUAUAUCUUCUCAAACUCACGUAUCCCCACAUUGUCAAGCUCACCAGCAAGCUCAAUGCGAGUAAAAAGCCCGCGAUAUCGCCCAAUGAGGCGCUGAAGAAUGGCAAAACUGGUGGGAAAAUAUCUUCCACAAAGAGAAUUCCCAAUGUCGGACUCGACAGGGCCUUUGUCAAGCAACUUCUUGAGCUUCUGAAGAUCAUGGUACCGGGAUGGCGCUCGAAAGAAGCUGGACUACUGACAUGCGCAACUGUAACACUACUGGCUAGAACAUUUUUGUCUGUUUACGUAGCCACUCUCGAGGGACAAAUUGUCAAGAGAAUUGUCCUCAAGGAUGCUCGGGGCUUUUUUAAAAUGCUCGCCAGGUGGUUUGCCAUUGCAUUCCCAGCUACUUUCGUUAAUUCAGCCAUUAGGUACUUGGAGGGAAGGCUUGCUCUCAGCUUUAGAGAGCGACUCGUUCAGUAUGCCUACAAGAUGUACUUGUCUCAACAGACGUAUUACAGAGUUUCGGCGCUCGAUAAUAGACUCGGGGGGGCUGAACAAAGACUGACUGAUGAUUUAUCGGAAUUAGCUUCUUCUAUGGCACAUUUGUACUCGAGCUUGACGAAACCUCUGCUCGAUUGUGCACUUGUGGGAAUCGCUUUGGUAUCUUUCUCACAUAGGAUGGGGGCCAGGACGAUACCAGGACCAUUGUUGGCGGCCGGUGUUAUAGCAAUAACCGGUCAGGUGCUCCGACUGGCGUCACCCAGAUUCGGCCAACUCGUUGCCGAAGAGGCCAACAGACGUGGACGACUCAGAGAGGCGCAUGCCAGGAUCAGUGCACAUGCUGAGGAAAUCGCUUUCUAUGGGGGACAUAACACUGAGCAUCGCUAUCUCACAACAGCUUACAGAGCUCUUGUCGUUCAUCUGAGGAAGGUUUUGGCUCUCAAACUGUGGUAUGUCAUGCUCGAGCAACUUCUUAUGAAGUACGUGUGGUCCGGGACUGGAUUACUCGUUAUUGCUAUGCCACUUUUGUAUACGAGCUCCAAGACCUUGGCUAGGAACGCUUAUAACGAUGGCGAUGGAGGUGUCAGCGAACGCACUCGGUACCUCACGACCUCGAAAAAUCUCCUCAGUUCAGGUGCCGAUGCCGUGGAGCGACUCAUGUCCUCUUACAAGGAAUUAGUAGCGCUCGCCGGUUACGCAAACCGCGUGAGUGAGAUGCUGGAGGUCUUCAAGGACACAGCCCUCUGUAAAUACCAGAAAAACGUGGUGUUGAGCCAGCAGCUGAUCCGCGGCUCCCCUACGAACGGAUCCCUCUCGUGCGAGAAGAUCCUUGAGUUCAGGGACGGAGCCCCAGUGAUAAAGGGGAUCAUCAAGGAGUCCCUGGACGGCAGUAUCGCCCUGGAGAACGUCCCCAUUGUGACCCCCAACUGCGAAGUGAUCGUGCCAAGUCUGACGAUGACGAUCAAGCCAGGAGAUCACUUGCUGAUCACUGGACCCAACGGUUGUGGCAAGAGUUCUCUCUUCAGGAUCAUCUCGGGCCUCUGGCCCGUGUACGGAGGGACCUUGACUCGCCCUGGGGACUCUUACCUCAUUAGAACCGGAAGGUCCGCCAUGUUCUACAUCCCCCAGAAGCCUUACAUGACUGUUGGCUGCCUUCGGGAGCAAAUUACCUACCCCGCGGACUCCACGAACGCCGGCUGCACUGACGAGGAGCUUCUCCAGCUGCUGGACCUUGUGGAUCUUCGGUGUCUCGCUGAGAGGGAGCCCGAGGGACUCGACGCCAUGGGAGACUGGGACUCCACACUCUCUGGGGGGGAGAAACAGAGGGUCGCGAUGACGAGGCUGUUCUAUCAUGCGCCGCAGUAUGCGCUGUUGGACGAGUGCACCAGCGCCGUCAGCCUUGAGGCCGAGGGACUCAUGUACGAGACCGCUAAACAACGGGGAAUCACCCUUUUGACUAUUACUCACAGGGUCUCAUCGCUGGCCAAGUAUCACAGGUUCGUGCUCAGGUUCGAUGGGGAGGGCGGCUGGAACUUUGGACUCCUGGAGGGGAAUGAUGCCGGGGGGAAUGCCGUUGGGAGAGACGUCAGGAGCGAUGGGGGAAAGGAUUCAAGGGGGAAUAAAUUGCAGGAAAUUCGUGAUUUGGUUACGGAAGACACUCAACAGCACGGCAUCAGCUGAAAACGCGCAUGAUUUCUUAAUUUCGUGAUGAUGAUUAUGGUGGCGUUGUGGUGAUUAGGACAAUUUUUAUAAACAGACUAUUGUAUAUUUAAAUGUUAUCGAAUGCAGUCAAUUGUGAAGUGGUAAAACAUGGUGAAAGAGAUGACAAGCGACGUUUUCCUCGGUAAAAAGGUUCACAUUGACUCAUGAAGGUCCGCCACUCCCCUUCUGAGCUACGUUUUAUUUUUUAGAUUGGAAUCUACGAUAAAUCCUCCCCGAAGAAUAUGUGAAAUGUUUAUCUUUUGCUACCAGACAGUAUUUCGUAGCAUACAUAAAUAAAUAUGUGAGAUGGAAAA